CUCCACCUGUAGCGGGGCAGGGGGGAGGCACCUGUGUUGUGUGUUGCAUCUGUCCCUGUGGCUAUUCGGUUUUAAUUGCUGCUCAAGAGUGGGAAGAUAUUGAUAAUAAUUACAAAAUCAGUAGUCAUGUGAUAUGAAAGAGAGAAACAUGUAGAAAGGAAGAUACAGAGUGCAAUGUGCAGAGUGACUUUUCUUCGCUAGAUAUGGGUGUUUCAAGAGCGGACUUCAUCAAGGAAUUGAAGUUCAAGGCAAGUUUCUUCACUCUACGCUGUGUAAAAGCCAAUAAAACAAAUCAUAACUAAUUGCAUAGAAAACUAAUAAGAAAAUAAAAUCAAGAGUAUGCUGGCAUUAAUUAGGAAAUGGCCAAAUGAAGGAAAAGAAGGUACUUUACUAAAAUGACACAUCUGACCAUGAACAGAACGAAAUGAAAAUCCACAAACUCACAAGAUAACAUGAGUACCAACAUUUUUUUCUCGGACCAGGUGAACGUAGCAUGUCACCAUUAACAUUUUUUUCUUUUUAUUGUCUGGAGUAAGUUCCCAGUGACCUCUUUUGACCCAAAAUGGCCUGGCGGAGAGAUCUAUCUUCCUGCAUCCUCGUGGCUUUCAUGCUGUCAAGUGCAACCCAAAGAGCAAACGUGUCGGCGCAGGAUGAAUUCAGCAACAAUAGCUUCGUAGAUGCCAAUAUAACCUAUGCUAAUUCGUCAGAAGCUGGGAUCGACACUGAAAUAGAACAACCCAGCAGCCGCUGGUCAGGAACUCGUGUGGGUGGCAACUGCUGUGGCAACUUCCUCAGCGGCGUCUGCACCUUCGUCUCCUCAGAGUGUGUCAACUGCACGUGUUCUUGCAUACCGGGCUACACCUACGUGGAAGGUGUUAUCGGCAGGUGCGAGGUGUUAACGAGCGAAGGAGAUUCCUCGCCUGCUGUUGAAGGGAGUGACAAGCUUCCCUUGGAGGCUUGUUGGGAGAAGAGUCAGUGUACCGAGGGCUUGGAUUGCCUCGAUGGAGUCUGCGCGUGUCCGUCGCCGUGCGAGUACGUGCCGGAGAGGCUGGUGUGCGACUGCGGGCCCCAAGACACGCCGUGGUGGCCCAUCGUCAUCGGCGUGGUCAUCGGGAUCCUCAUCGUCUCCUUCUGGAUCAGGACGAUUGUGGAGAUGAUUGACAAGUGGGUUGCAGAGGUUUUUCUUUAGCUUGGUUGUUUUCUCUUUAUUUUAUUUAUUUUUUUU